AUGCAGGAAAUCCAGGAAACUCAGAGGGAGCAGCGGGCGGCAUUAGAGAUGCUGACACAACAACUUUCUCUAGUUGCAACGUCGCUAGGAGAGUUAAAGGGAAAUGACGGAAGAAUUCCAGCUAAUGAACAGCCGCCUGGGCGUGAACACAUUAGCGAAGUGUCCCUAAGGUCGGGAAGGGUCUACCAAGGCCCCAGUUAUCCUGCGACGUCCCAAACAAUUGAUCCUGAACCAAACCGUGAAGAGAAGGAAGAACCCAAGGUGGUGGAUCAAGCGAAAGAGAAAGGCAAGGAAAAAGUGGGAGAUGAAACCUCGGAAGGAAAUCAGAAAGAGGGGGGUGAGAAAGUUAAGCCGUAUCCGUACCGCGGAAUGGUGGCAAGAAGGAAGGAUGCCACAAUCGAUGUGGCGAGUAUGUUCAAAGAUGUGGACGUUAAAGUACCACUCUUAACGGCAUUUAAAAUUCCCCCUGUCAGCAAGUUUAUUAAAGACUACCUGGCAGGGAAAGUCAAUGAGGAGGGUAGAAUGAUUGCAGAUGAAACUGUCUCUGCCGUGAUCCAACGGAAUGACCUCUCUUCAAAGAAGACCGACCCAGGAAUGUUCACGCUCCCAAUUUCAAUCGGAGACGUCCAGGUGGAGCACGCCAUGUGCGACCUGGGGGCAUCUAUCAAUGUUCUGCCAUACUCCAUCUAUCAAUGGCUGGGAAAGGCAAAGCUAGUCGACACGGAUAUAAUGAUACAGCUGACCGACAAAUCAUGUAUUCACCCGGAAGGAAUUUUGGAAGAUGUUAUUGUUAAGGUAAAUAACUUUCUGUACCCAGCUGAUUUCUUCGUAAUCAAGAUGACGGAGCCCGCAACAAAGGAGUCAAGCGGAGUCCUACUAGGACGGCCGUUCUUGUCCACAGCCAGCACUAUCAUAGACGUACGGAAUGGAACGAUCAGCCUAGAUUUCAAAGAAGAACAGUACACGUUCAAUAUUGAUGAGGCCAUGAAAAGGCCAGCCGACGGAGAGAACGUGUACUCCAUCGAUGUGACUGAGCCCUUGGUACAUGAGUAUUUGGAGGAAGAAUUUUUAAAAAGGCAGUUCACUGACUCCGCCGCAGAUAAGGAAGUCUAA